UGUAUUUGGCUGGAAGUUGAUUAUUCGACAAAAGAUAAUUGUGUUCUUGCUGUGUUAUCAUUUUGAUACCAGUGUAAGCUUCACAUAAACCAGAUCUUUGUGUUCAAAUGAAUGUUUCAUGUUUUAUUAUACUAAGCGUUACAACUACAACAGAAUGAAGAAAACAAUUCUGUUUUUGAGCCUAGUCUCAAGUGCAUUUGCUCGAUGUCAGUGGUCUGCAUUGCCAGGAAAAAGAGUGUCUUAUGAAAUAAAAAUCACCUGCACUAGCAUUACUUCUAAAAACAUUAUUCAGGAAGUUUCAAGUGGUUUGACACAAACAAGUAGCAGCUACAGAUACAUUUUUGAAAACAGUUCCAUCCAAAAUUUCCCAAUGAACGUGUUUGCUUCGAACAAAAAGGGAAACGUGCUUUACCUUUAUCUAAACAGCAGCGAGAUCGAAACGAUUCAAACUGGGGCUUUCUCUGGAUUACUGGAAGUGAAAGAAAUUUACUUGCAAUUUAAUUCGCUCACUGUUGUGUCCCGUGGUUGCUUCAAUUCUCUUCUCAAACUAAAAAUCCUAGAUUUGAGCAAUAACAACAUAUUUUUAAUCGAAGAUGAAGCUUUUAACGGUAGUAAUGAGCUGGAAAAAAUCUUGCUUGACAAUAAUAACAUCACACAUGUACCCCAAAGUAUGUUCCAUUCACUUAAGCAGUUGAAGUUUAUAGACUUGUCCAACAACAGUAUUAAGUUGUUCGAUCUAACGUUCUCGAAUUUUGCAGUUCACAAGACAAUUUUUUUAAACAAUAACAAAAUUUACAGCGUAAAUUGUGGUUCUCUACAUUCGAGUUUCUUGGAUGUUAUUGAGCUGAAAAAUAAUUAUUUGACGGAAGCUGACGGUUCGUGUUUUCCGCUCAUUGCCGAACAAUUAAACUUAAAACACAAUCACAUAACUAAUAUUUCCAGCUUAUCAACACUCGAAAAUUUAAAAAGUCUCGACCUGAGUUACAAUUACAUAACAAAUAUUGAUACAAUCGAAUUUAGGAAUCUUAAAAAAUUGGAAAACUUGCAGCUUGAGCAUAACAACAUUACACAACUGCCUCCCGGUGUAUUUAAAAAUUUGACUUCUCUCCGGGUACUAAAUCUGUCGGAAAAUUCUUUGAAAUACCUCGAGUUUGGAGUUUUCAACGGCUUGCAAGCUUUGCGCACAUUAGAUAUCAGUUACAACCAAUUGGACGUUCUAGAAGAAGACGUCUUUAUUAACAUGAGAUACUUAAAAGUUCUCAAUGUUAGUUACAAUCACUUACAAUAUAUAAAUUUGGUAAAGCUUGCAAGCUACACUGCUCUGGAACAAAUUCACUUAAUUGGAAACAAUAUUACGUGUCAAAAACUUUCAUCCAUGUUUUCGUACAAGCUCAAAAUAAAAAUAGGCGAAAGCAAUUAUCAUAACGUGUCAAAUGUGAAUGGAGUACCGUGCACUAACUUCAACUUGCUCCUAAAAACCAAUGAAAACAAAAUUAACUAUAACAAUGUUUUUCAAGAUGUGCGGUCGUUCUUUAAUACAGAUUUUAAAAAUACGUCGUUUUUCAAAUUCUUUUCUGAAGAUCUGGAACCACGAAAUCGGCUAGAUAUGGAUAUAGAUGUCAAAAAAUUGAACCACGAUUUUGAACAACUUCUAGCAUCUGUUAGCAAAAAUAAUGUUAUUUUUAUUAUUUUUACAUUAAUUGUUGUCGUAAUGUGUGUACUGCUUGCAAUACUUGUUGUACUGGUCAAAAAUCAGCUAAAACAUCAGCCUUUUUCUUUACGAGAACCUGAAAUGCAUUUAUUGUAAGUCUUAAAAAUAAAUUUUCAAAUUUAUAAUUUCUCAGUUUUUUUUAAGACAAAGUUUGUAUUAGACGACUUCCUAUGUAAUUAAUUAUGCAAAGUAUAGUUAGGUGUUGUGUAAAUAAAAAAAAAUUUUAAAGCCAUAUUAUUUUGAGUAAUUUAGCAUUGCGAUAUCUUGUAAUAAUUCUAAGGGACUUUAAUAAUUGUUGUUUGAAAAUUAAUUAAGAUUUGGCUUAAGCCACUGUCACCCUUAACCUUUCUGUAUUAUCAUAUCUUGUACCUAUGUAAUAAAAUCCAACGUUUUGCCUCAGUC